AUGAUUGAAACGCUUGUAACCAGUGAAGCUCAGGAACUGCUGUACCAGCUCGCAGUCCUGUUGGAACAGGAGUUACGAUGUCAGCCAAAGGCUUCUGGCCUGAGACUAAUUGAAUCAGCUCAUGACAAUGGCCUCCGAAUGACUGCGAGACUGCGAGACUUUGAAGUGAAAGAUCUUCUCAGUUUAACUCAGUUCUUUGGCUUCCAUACAGAGACGUUUUCUCUAGCUGUGAAUUUCUUGGAUAGAUUCUUGUCAAAAAUGAAGGUCCAGCCUAAACACUUGGGCUGUGUUGGACUCAGCUGCUUCUACUUGGCUGUAAAGGUAUUAGAAGAAGAGAGAAAUGUUCCCUUAGCCACUGACCUGAUUCGAAUAAGCCAGUAUAGGUUCACUGUUUCUGAUAUGAUGAGAAUGGAGAAAAUUGUGUUGGAGAAGCUGUGCUCAAAAGUCAAAGCUACAACAGCCUUUCAAUUUCUACAACUAUAUCAUUCACUUAUUCAUGAAAAUUUAAGCUGUGAAAGGAAAAAAUACCUUAAUUUUGAGAGACUUGAGACCCAGCUUAAGGCAUGUCACUGCAGAAUCAUGUUUUCUAAAGCCAAGCCUUCUGUCUUGGCGCUGUCUAUUAUGGCACUAGAGAUAGAAGAGCAAAAGCUGCUGGAGUUGACAGAGGCAUUGGAAUUCCUGCAGUUGCAUUCCAAGAUAAGCAACAGAGAUUUGACCUUCUGGAAGGAACUGGUAUUUAAGUGCCUUACAGAAUAUUCUUCAAGCAAGUGUUCUAAACCAAAUGUCCAGAAACUGAAAUGGAUUGUGUCUGGACGUACAGCACGGCAGCUUAAACACAGCUACUACAGGAUAACACACCUUCCUACCAUUCCAGAGACAAGCUCAUAA